AUGACAACAAUCAUCUCUGACUGGCUUAGAGAAGAGAUUGGCUUGAGUAAUCAAGGUGACGAGAUUAAUGCAGAACAAUUUUACCGAACUGACUCAGUCAUUAUAGAGGACGCCUUUGCCAAUGGCUAUCUGCUUGGGAAAUUGCUGAAAAAACACGGACUGCAAGAGGAUUUCAACCUUUUUAGAGACUCGAGCUCUUUGGACAUAUGUCUCAGUAAUUUCCUGCGACUCGGCCGAACCCUCCGGAGUUGUGGGCUGAAUUUUGACGCUCGGAUUGCAUGUGAUAUCAUAAACAAGGUGACCGGAGUUGUCUACAGUAUCCUCCAUGAACUCUACAUAUAUUUGCACUGCACAAAUCAAGCUGAAAGGCUUGCUUCAAUCCAAAAGUGGGAAUCGCUUUGCCCCCAUGCGAACAGCAUUUACCAACAGCAACUGCGCAGGCUCGUUCCACGUCAGAUUGACAAGACGCUGAAGGAGGUAGCCAGACAGUAUAAGACAAAACAAGAACAAAAUGAGAAGCAAGCCGAGUAUCGCGAGUUACUUCUGGCUUAUCAGCGUGAAGAGAGAAAACAAGCAAAGCGCAAGAAAAUGCUUGAGCGCAGUAGGCAACUACGUCUGGUCCAAGCAGAAGUGAUGGCUAGAAUACAAGCUAAUGAUAUCGAGAUUCCAAAGAAGUGGUUGACUUCAGCCAAACAGGUUGCGCCAAAGCCGGAGAAGCUGCGCAUGUCUACCGAAGGCAUGGGUGGGAAGCACUGGACUCGAGUUUCCCUCUUAUUAGAGCUCAGCAGCAGUGCAUAUCCAAUGGCACACCAGUUACAUCGCUCAAGCGUAAACACACUCGCCCGUUCAGACGUGAGAAUUCAGAUGCGUCCAACGUGCGUUGGUGGAAUAGUGGUAACACGUUUGCCUUGCAUGUCAGGUGUCCGGAGUUCAAACCCCGGUACGGCCAUUGGAUAUGCCCUGCUGAUGAGCUCUAACAAGAGCGAAACCCGAGUCCAGUGCUUCCCUUUGGUGUGGAUUCACACGAAUAAUUGCGUCAAAACGAGCGUGAUGUGA